UCUAAUCUCGUAGAGUCUCAAGUCUGUUUCAAUUUGCUCCAGACAUCGAAAAAGACCUCGAAGUCACUGAUUCGAACGAAUGAAGUUAAAGAUCAACAAGGCCUGCGAUCUCAGCUCCAUCUCAGUCCUUCCUCCACACACAAGGAGGCCAAAUGCUGUGCCAAAUGGACCACAAGCAUCGCAGCUUCGAUCUCAACCAUCAGAGCAGUCAUUUUCUCAGGGAUUCUCAUCUCAGCAUGGCAUGUUUUCUCAGCUCUCUCAGAACUCUCUUAGUGACGUUCUGACCAAUGAUCAGAGGUUUGGCUCUCAAGAACGAGAGAAUUCUGUGAAGAAGAUUGCCUGCUUACCCCCAAUUAGUCAUGCACGUGAAGAGAGUCAAAUGCAAAUCUCAAGAUCUUCCACCAACUUCAUGCGCAAGUGGAGUUCUGCGUCUGGUUCAGAUCAUCGAUGUCAGACUAGUGAGGAAUUUGAACACCGGAUUGGAAUGAUGGAAACUUCAUUGAAUAAGUUUGGAAUGAUCUUGGAUUCAGUCCAGAGUGAUGUCAUGCAAGGAAACAAAGGAAUGAAGGAAGUAUCUAUGGAGAUGGAAGCGAUGCGGCAGAAGUUGGCAGCUCAGGAUAACUCAUUGCAGUUAAUGAGUAAGCGGCAAGAAGAUUUCAAAGCUAGUUUUGAUGGGGGCAUCAAGUCUAUGUCUGAACAACUGAGCAAAAAUAACUCUCAAGACAAAUUACAGGAGAUGUUCUUGGUGCUUUCAGCCUUACCAGUAAAAAUAGAAAUCAUAGAAGCAUCUUUACUGAAAUCACAGAAUAAGCUGCAUGACUCCUUCGUCAAGGAAAUGCAGAAAAUGAUUUGCAGCCAGAAUCAGAAUACCUCCAUCCAAAAAUGUGAAAUAUCCUCUAUACUUUCACCUAAGGGCGUUGCUGCCUCUCGUGCUAUUCCACAAGGAAAGCCACAGCCUAUUAAAAGCUCAGCUGUGCCUCCAAAGGCUUGUGUGCAAGCAGUUGUAGUUCCAAAGACAGAAACAGGGGGCUGGAAGACUGUUAAGGCGGAAAAAGCUACGUUUAGUGACAGCGGGUUCCGGAAAGUGCAAAAACCUAAUAGAUUUACUUCCAUCCAAAAGGAAAGAGAAUGCAGAGUUGUCAUUGAAUCAGAUGAGGAGAUUGAUGGAGCCUUUUCCUGCUUGCUUGACGAGAAAGAAACAGACGUAGACAUGGCUGAGGAGGUAAAGGAAGAGACACAACGGAUUUUGAGGAGGGCAAGGAGGCGAAAGAGAAAAUUAUGCAACACUAUAAUUAUUAAUUGAAGGUGUUUGAUGUCUCCUCCCAUGUGCUGGGGCCUGAGGACGUAACCCAUAACUGCAAUGUUAAGUGGUUUGAUUACUUUUGGUAUGUUUCUUGCCAUGCCAAUUGCUCACCUUCCUCGUUUUUUUAUUUUCCAUACUUAUACCUUCCACUUGAGGCCUAGCAUAUAUAUCAAAUUGACUGAAAUAGAUGUCCAUUGGGGAAACACAGAUUGGCUAAGAACUUCGUGUUCAAGCCACAAUAGUUGUAAAAAAUUGCGAAUGAUCAAAACUAUACACAAUAUUAUAUA